AUGUUUGAGCAACGAAACACAGUUCAUGAUGGUUAUGAAUAUGUAGACGAAGCUUCCAUUGAUCCUGAGCUGAUCUGCAGUAUUUGUCAUCAACCUUUUCAAGAUCCACAAUAUACUCCAUGUGAUGACACAUUUUGUCGUCGGUGUAUAACACAAUGGAUUCAAACUCAAAAUACAUCUUGUCCGAUUUGUCGAAAAUUUUUAUCAAUUGAUAAUCUUACACAAGUGAAUCGUCCAUUACGCAACAUGUUAAAUCGACUUCAAGUCAAAUGUACAACUUGUGGACAAAGUGGAUUGCAACGAGGCGAUUUGGACGAUCAUAUGAAUAAAAUAUGUCCCAAAAUGGAAAUACUUUGCUCAUCAGCAGAUAUUCGAUGCUCAUGGAAAGGGCAGCGAGAACAAUUAGAUGAGCAUUUAUCUACAUGUGCUUUUAAUUCGUUGAGAUAUGUUAUCAUUCCACUGGUUACGGAAAACUCGGAAUUCAAAGAGCAAAUCAUUGAAAUGAAAGAUCAAAUCGACAAACUUCGCAAUGAUAGUCAACAAUUACAAGAGCGAGCAAAUCGAUUGGCAAUUCAAGCGGAUACAUAUCAAAGAGAAAAUCAAAGAUUACAAGAACAAAUAGUACAGUUACAACUUCAACCAUUGAGAAAACUAUACCGUUAA